CGAGACUGCCAGCUGUAUAUAGAGACAGCCUGCCUUAUACCGAGACUGCUAGCUGUAUACAAAGACUGCCAGCUGUAUACAAAGACUGCCAGCUGUAUACAAAGACUGCCAGCUGUAUACAGAGACUGCCUGCUUUAUACUGAGACUGCCAGCUGUAUACAGAGACUGGACAGGCCUGACUCCAGCAAUAGACGUCUGCUGCCAUGGCAUCAUUGACUGAAGUGAGCUUUUCUGCUGUAGACCUCAGCAUAAUUGAGACUUCUGUGACAGAUCAUUCCUCGUUGACCUCUCCUGAAGAUUGUUGUGAAUUUUCAAUUGCGGUUGCAGGAGAACCUGGCGUAGGUAAAACUGUAUUGAUCCAGUCUCUUCUUGGCCUCAAUGAGAACAACCAAAAUUCAAGAGCUGCUUCCUUGCACCCAACCCGAGCUGGUGGUCCGUUACUGUACCUUGAUCCUUCCCACCCUGGACUGACACUGUGGGAAUUGCCCUUAGAGGAUGGGUCUCCUGAGAAAUGGAUCUCAGAGGCUGACCUUUUGUUGCUGAUCACAGAUGCCCAGUUUUCACAAAAUCACGUUAACCUGGCCCACAGUGCCCUUGCCCAAGGGAAGAAGCUCUGCCUUGUGCGCAGUAAAGUUGACUGUGAUUUGCACACACUGAAAAGAAGGAUGAAAGAUAUGUACAGACGGGAGGAUGUGCUAUCAUCGUUGCAAACAAUCACCUUGCAACCUUUUUGUGACAUUAUGAAGGAGAAGGUCCCACAGCUGUUUUUGGUGUCUGGCUUUGAACCGUUUAAACUGGACACGCCAAGGUUGAAGGACGAAAUUGAGAAGACAUCCACAGAAUGUGGCAGGCCACUUUCUCUUGCCCAGCAGGGUUAUGAGAUAAUAGGGGACAAAGAGAUUGAAGAGCUUCAGUCUGCACUGGAGAGAGGAGGCAUCUCAGAGAUGGUUCGAUUCAUACAGACAAGUCUGGACACUCUUCUUGAUACCAGAUUUAAUCUUGCCCUAAUGGGUGGAAAUUCAGACUUUCGUCACUCUAUUUUGAAUGCCCUUCGUGGAGUAGAAGAUGGGGAAGAGGGUUCAGCUCAUGGAGGGAACCCAGAAUGCCCAAUUGAGUAUCCCUGUCUUAAAUACCCCAAAGCCAGUUUGUGGGACCUACCUGUCAUGGGAAAUCUUGAAUCACAGCCAAAGAAGUACCUCGAGAGUGUGCAUGUCGGUCACUACGAUCUCAUAUUCCUUCAUCUCACUCCAUGGCAAGAUGCAGCACACAGCUACACAUCACUGGUUUCCGAGCUCAAAAAAGAAGGGAGGAAGGUGUUUUUUAUACAGGAGUGUGAGGGAGAAGUAGUGGAGCCCUUGCUUAGAAUAGUAGGAGAUAAAGAGGUCUUUGUAUUGCUCCCCUCUAAGCUUCCAGGGCCGGAGUUCCAUCGGCUGCUGGGAAGCAUUGAAAUCCAGCUUCCCAGACAGAAAUCUCGUGCUUUUAUGCUCUCCCUCCCCAACCUAUCUGCUGAAGUCAUUCAGAAGAAGAAAGAGGCACUUGCUCAAGAAAUAUGGAAGGUAGCCUUACUCUCCAGCCUUGUAGCCACUGUCCCUGUCCCUGGAGUGGGUGUUGCAUGUGACAUGUCUUUGUUGACAGCACGCUUGGACACCUACCGGCAAGAACUAGGGCUGGAUGCCAGUUCGCUGGCCUCUCUGUCACAGAGUUCAGGAGUUCCAGUGACCACUCUAAUGUUAGAGGUUCACAGCUCGGCAGGGAAAGGUGUGAGCCGAGAGCUUGUGGGGAAAAUGCUAGGCUCUGCCACAAGUCUUGGAUUAGAAAUUGCUGGGGUUAUUCUUCAUCGGUUUCCCCUCUUGGGUCAUUUGACCUCUGGAGGUAUCGCUUUCCAUGCUAGCUACUUAGUGCUGAGCCGUGGUUUGGAGGGAAUGUCAGAGGAUGCCCAGAGAGUGCUGGCAAGGGCAUUAGCUUCUGAUAAGUUCCUCACCAUUUAAAUAGUGCAUUAAAGUGUCCCUCCUACAAACAUACCACUCCCCUAAAGCUGUCCUGUAUGCAAUAUAUAUAUAUA